CGCUGGAAAAGAGCAGCGGAGCGAUUUGGGAGGGGUGGGCGGCGACCGGGGCGGUAUAAAGUCCAGGGUGCAGCUCCGAACGCUGCGUCGGGAGGUGUGCGGGACCGAGAGCUUCCGCCGUCCCGUCGGCGAGGCGUGAGGAGCCAUGAACUGGGCCGGCCUCUACGCGGUGCUGAGCGGGGUGAACCGCCACUCCACGGCCAUCGGGCGCAUCUGGCUCUCCGUCAUCUUCAUCUUCAGGAUCAUGGUGCUGGUGGUGGCAGCCGAGAGCGUCUGGGGGGACGAGAAGUCCGCCUUCACCUGCAACACGCAGCAGCCAGGCUGCAACAGCGUCUGCUACGACCACUUCUUCCCCAUCUCGCACAUCCGCCUGUGGGCCCUGCAGCUCAUCCUGGUCACCACGCCGGCCCUGCUGGUGGCCAUGCACGUGGCCUACCAGCAGCAUCAGGAGAAGAAGCUGCUGAUGAUGACGGGCCACGGGGACGCCAAGCACCUGGAGGAGGUGAAGAAGCACAAGAUGCGCAUCGCGGGAUCGCUGUGGUGGACGUACGUCUGCAGCGUGGUCUUCAGGCUGCUCUUCGAGGCCGUCUUCAUGUACCUCUUCUACAUGAUCUACCCCGGCUACCAGAUGGUGCGGCUGGUCAAGUGCGAGGCUUAUCCCUGCCCCAACACGGUGGAUUGCUUCGUCUCGCGGCCCACCGAGAAGACCAUCUUCACCGUCUUCAUGCUGGUCACCUCCAGCGUCUGCAUCGUGCUCAACAUGGCCGAGUUGGUCUACUUGGUGGUGCGGGCCUGUGCGCGCCGCAGCCGACACAACUCCAACCCUUCCUCGGGGAAAAGCUCUUUCUACGGCCACAAGCUUUCCUCUGAGUACAAGCAGAACGAGAUCAACCAGCUGCUGACGGAGCAGGACGGAUCCCUCAAGGACAUGCUGCGCCGCAACCCCAGCCUGCAGGAGAAGGGCGACCGCUGCUCUGCGUGUUGAGCCCCACGCCGCCCCACAGCCCCGGGGGGGGCGCACGCUGCCCUCAUGUUUUGUGUUGCACGCCCGGUGCCGGCCCUCCUGGACAGCGGGGAUGGGGAGGGCAGGGCAGCCGCUGCGUGCUCGGGCCAUUAAAUGUCCAUUCUCA